AUGUUGGCUUCAUUCGGCCGCGACGGCGACGGCGACGGCGAGGUCUCGGCAGCGUCUAAGCUGCGGGGGCUCUGCCUCUGCAUGCGGGACGCGUCGAACGAGGACAUGGGUGCGCUUGUGACAUCAGUGGCGAACACUGGCGGCGACGGCGGGCUGCUAGACGAGGAGGAUGAGCUGGCGAGGGAGCAGGCGGAGGCCGCCGGAGAGGCGGAGAGGAGGACGACGACGACGCGCAGGCUCGGCGCGCGCCGGAACAUCACCGAGUGCCAGGCCAUCAUCUGCCGUUUCGACAUGGAUAGCGACGGCGUGCUCAGCUUCAACGAGUUCAGGACCAUGAUGACGGCCUAG